GGCAAGUGGCAUCAUUUUGUUGACUUAUUUCAUCCAUUCAUCUCUACAUCAUUUUGUUGAUUCAUCAUUUCAUCCAUCCAUCUCUACAUCAAUGGUCCGAGUAGUGAUAUUUUGGAUGAUGUCGACGCCAAGCUCCAGAAAGGCCCUAAUAGAAUAAUCAUGGAACUUGAAUUAAAACAUAAAAAACCUCAAAACGAUUUUAUAAAUACGCCAUCGUUAACCAAAGGUUCUGAAGCUCCAAGGGAAUUACGAAGAAAAGAAUUUGUUUUAAGAAAUUCAACUUUAACAAAUCUUUGGAGAAGUCCAAAUGUACGCUCUUUAUACAACUUAAUUCUUGCUUUUUUUGUAUUCCUGUACCUGCACAUCGCUAUCUUCUAUUACUUUAAUGUUGAACGGUUAAAAAGAGAUUUAGCAUUGGUUUCAUGGUCAUUUGGUCAGUUUCACAUUGUUACUGCCGUAUGGAUUGGCAUCAACUUAUCGAUUGUUUUCUUUUUACAUCCUGUCUUUCAAUUCUGGGCUUCUUCUAGAGCAUUUGCGAAGAAGAAGGGCCUUUAUGAUUUGAUGUUUUGCACUUUAUUCGUUUUGUAUGAAGCGGCUUUACUGAUAAUUCCACCAAAAAUAAUCAUAGACUACAAUAUACCACCCGCAUCAUCUUGCGCGUUAGUAAUGGAACAGUCUAGACUUUUUAUGAAGAGUUAUGCAUUUGUUCGAGAAAACAUUAGCAGAGUUUUAAAGUUUAAGUUCCAUCAAGAUGAUGAUGAGGAAUCAAACUCACUUCCUUGUCUAGAAGUAGGAAAACUGAUAUAUUUUUUAUUUGCACCGACAUUAAUUUACAGGGAUAGCUAUCCAAGAACAUCUGGUAUUCGCUGGGGUUUCGUUGCCUGGAAUCUUUUGCAAUCAUUUCUUAUUGUAUUGGGUGACUAUAUUGUCUACAUUUGUUUCUUAGCGAAUAGCUUCAACAAGGCGGGCAUUGAACCAAUACCCAUGACUCAUUUUGUGUUUUUGUUGGCUAUUGCAAUCUUCGCAGGUAAUAUGAUCUCGUUCUUAACGUUUUAUCGCAUAUUACACUGUUUGCAGAAUGCUUUUGCUGAAAUGCUGAGGUUUGGCGACAGAUUGUUUUAUGACUCUCAAGGCUUCCUCGCUGAAAACAGAGCUGUUAGUGUAAUGGACCUUCUAAUGUACAUCGUAUUUCACAGUGAUAUCCUAGCCAUUUCGGUUUAUUCCUCAUGUGAAUCCCAUCUCUACUAUUGA